GAAAUUCAAGAACCUUCAAAGGGGAAAGACGUGCAAAACAGUAGUUCAUUUGCUUCUUGGAAUUUGAAAUGGAAAUUUUGGGGUUUAAGCUUUAACUAAAAAAUGAACUAGAAGAUAUGUGAUUUUAAGUUAGGGUUGUUUGACGACAAAUUAUACCUAUUUAUUAAAUAAAUUGAAAUAUCUGACCAUGGUGAAAUCGGUAGUGAAUAAGCAAUUAUUGCCUAUGAAGGCACACUAUUUUCUUUGGAAUGCAGGUACCGGUCCUGUUGUUCCAUUCCUAUCUUCAUAUGCAAGACAGCUAGGAUUUUCCAGUGUGGUGGUAGGAUUUGUUUACACCAUCCUCCCAAUCAGCGGAAUGUUAGCAAAACCAUUUUUUGGAUCUAUAGCGGAUAGAUUUCAUUGCCAGAAAAUUUUGUUCCUUAUUGCUCAGUUACUCACAGCUGUAGCCUUUUUAUCCAUAUUUUAUGCUCCUAAAAUUGACGUUGAUAGACGAGUGCAUUUUGCAUGUCACGAAAAUUUAGCAGUUUUUGACACAAAUUCGCCGGAUUCAGUGAACGACUGCAGUAUGCCUCAACUCCGCAAAGAUAAAACUAUGGAUAAAUGUGAAAUGAACUGUGAUAUGAAAGAAAACAUAACAGACAUCCUCUGCAAGGACUGGAAGUUAUCCCAGUUCUGUCAAGCAGACCACCCCGAUACUUUUUCUUUCACUGCCAACGUUCCGAAAUCAGAAAUCGACUUGUUGGGCUCCAAACUCAUAUUCAGGGUUCCAAACGUCACUCUACCUGACGGCAGAGUUCUUCAACCUGGAUGUCCUAUCUCACGGAGUAUAUCAACUUCUUGUCAAGUUAACUGUGGUGAUUAUGAUAUGAAUGAUCUCAUAGCGGUCACUGAAAUCAAAGACAGCGUCGUUUAUAGUUUACACCACUUUUGGAUCUUUUUGUUUCUCAUGGUAUUGGCAUGGAUAGGACAAGCUGUAUCGGUUAGCAUAGGAGAUGCUAUUUGCUUUGAGUUGUUGGGGAAUUGUCCAGGCAAUACAGUGUUUGGCAGGAGAGGCUCCGUUCUUUUUCCUAUCAGGAAAAAUAAUUAAGAAAUUGGGUCACAUCCACACGAUGUCUCUGGUUUUGUUCGCGGUUGGAAUAAGGUUCAUAUUGUAUUCGGUUGUUUCCAAUCCGUGGUAUUUUCUUCCGAUAGAGUUGAUGAACGGCAUCACUUUCGGAUUGUUCUUCGCCUGCAUGGCGUCCUAUGCCAGUAUCAUUGCUCCUGCGGGAACCGAGGCCACAAUGCAGGGAUUGGUAGGCGCUGUUUUUGAAGGUGUCGGAGUAUCGCUAGGAAGCCUACUUGCCGGUUGGACCUACAAAAAUUUGGGAGGACCCCUUACAUUCCGCUACUUUGGUUACGGUGCCUUCGUAGCAUGUGUUCUACAUGUCGCUGUCCAGUAUUUAUUAUCUUUGAAAGAUUCCAGGGAGCAAUAUUCACCACCAAAAGUUGCCUUGGAAAAAGUUCACUAUGACGACCAGCAAGAAUUGACGUACGUAGACACUUGACGGCAGCGUAUGGAAGUUUAUUAGAAAAUAUUAGUUAAUGAUAGAAAUCAAGUCAGUCGGUAGGUGUGAAAACACCUUAAAAUAAAAUUGGGAUAUUCAGGGUAGUAAUUUAAUAACGAUGAAAGGUAGGGCCUGACAAAAAGAAAAGGAUGGAUCUCACGCAGGAAUGUUUUCCUACGAUCCUAAGAUUGAGAAUCUCAUUUUAAAUUUUCCUUUUCAUGUUCAGUUUGA